AUGCCACAGGAACAGUCCGAGGAGGCAGGAAAGGCACUUCAGACCUGCGUAUCCCACCUUGACUCCUGCCUCAAGUUUGGUGAGCUAAUAGGCACUUCGCAAUGGACCUCUGAUGACGACUGGGAUCUAUCAAUUGCCUGGAGCUUGUUUAUGGACAAUUUCAACAUUGCCAGCCACCUGCUAAACUUGGCCGAGCUGGAUCUCCAUCUGUUCCUUGGGCUGCAACCCCAAGCAAGCCCUACCCCCCGCCUUGUGGCCCUUGGCCUCAUCCGUGAAGAGUCGACUUCUAGCGCAACCUCAUCAAGAGCGGAAACAAUAGAAUACUGGGAGGACUUACGAGGCAGACAAGAGCAGGAUCGCCUGGCAGGCCGUCGACUAGGCCCUCAUCCAUUAAGCCGCCGGAUCCAUCCCAGGCGAAAAUUGGCGAAAUACUUACCGCAUGUUGCCCAAUCUUCCCUUUUACCACACAUCAUCCCCUCCGACUUACCUCCACCAUACCGACCACGGAAGUCCCCCAUCAGCAUCCUGGAUGACAAGGGCAAGGGCCACCAUGGCGACCCCCAACUGCACUCAGUCCACCGCGUCGCUUCCGAAUCCUCACUUGACAUCUCGGCACCUAGCGAUACAAAGAUACGCUUCUCCGCAACUUCGCCCGGAUCUGCGUCCGACGCCUUCCACCAUGAUGCACUGGCAGCCGCCGGGAGCUCCCCCCCGAUUCUUCACACCUCCACUCCCGCCGCAGAGACCACUGACAUAUAA